AUGCAGUUCAGGGAGCGACGGAGAGGCGGUUAGGCAGCACGGGGGACUGGGUUGGAAGCAGAACCCCGAUGAAUAAGCUUGGUUAGGGUACAGAACACACUAGUCUGUGGGGAGUUGCGUAUUGCAGGGGAAUUCUGCAGACAGUGGUUAAGGAAUUUAAGAAGAAAAGGCUAGGGAUUUAAGGUAGAGAGUUCCUUAUCAGUGCAUUUGCUGUGCAAUCAGCUUUUUUUUAAACCUGCCCGUACCUGCCAGGGAGAGGCAACCUGAACCGGGGGAAGUCGGGAUAAGCAGCGAGGUUGCACUGGUGAAUUCGCCAGAGCAUCGCUGAGGGAAAGGAGGAGACGCCAACGUCAUUCAUACACAGGGAUUAUUAUUAUUGCUUUUAUUAUCGUUUGUAAACGACUGAAUUGUGGGUUUGCAACCAUCGGGGCUGCAGAAUCUGAACGGGACAUCCGAGUACAAGUUGGAAGGUAUUGUUGUUUGGGCAGCUGGAAAUCUCGCUCGGUUGCAGCCGUUUUAAUAAUUAUCCCGUGAUACUAGCUAGAUACCGCUUCAAGAUGCCUCUUGCACAACUAGCAGACCCCUGGCCCAAAAUGGAGCUCAUCCAUCUGGAAACCGAGAAUGGGCAGGGCAAUGUGGAAGACGGUGUCCAACAAGAGGAUAAAACAGACAUAACUUGGGUAGAGAAGGACUUUGCCAAUAUAGCUGCCACGGAUGAUGGCGUUAUCAAAGAGAUCAACAUCACCCACCAUGUCAAGGAGGGCUCGGAAAAGGCGGACCCUUCUCAGUUUGAGCUACUUAAAGUCUUGGGUCAGGGAUCCUUCGGAAAGGUAUUUUUAGUCCGGAAAACCACCCCCCCAGACGACAAACAGUUAUACGCCAUGAAGGUGCUGAAAAAAGCCACGCUCAAAGUGAGGGAUCGAGUCAGAACGAAAAUGGAAAGGGACAUUCUGGCGGAUGUGAACCAUCCAUUCGUCGUGAAACUGCAUUACGCUUUUCAAACUGAAGGGAAGCUCUACCUUAUCUUGGACUUUCUCAGAGGAGGUGAUCUUUUUACCAGGCUCUCCAAAGAGGUGAUGUUCACAGAAGAAGAUGUGAAAUUUUACCUGGCAGAGCUGGCUCUUGGCCUGGAUCAUUUGCACAGUGUGGGAAUCAUCUACCGGGACCUCAAACCUGAAAAUAUCCUGCUGGAUGAAGUGGGACACAUCAAGCUUACAGACUUUGGCCUGAGUAAGGAGGCUAUUGACCACGAGAAGAAGGCCUUCUCAUUCUGUGGGACGGUGGAGUACAUGGCCCCAGAGGUGGUGAACAGGCAGGGGCACAACCACAGCGCUGACUGGUGGUCUUACGGAGUCUUAAUGUUUGAGAUGCUCACGGGAUCCCUGCCAUUCCAAGGGAAGGAUCGCAAGGAGACAAUGAACCUGAUCCUCAAAGCAAAGCUUGGGAUGCCCCAGUUUCUGAGUGCCGAAGCUCAGAGUUUACUGCGAGCUCUUUUCAAAAGGAAUCCAGCAAACCGAUUAGGAGCUGGGACUGAUGGCGCAGAGGCAAUUAAACGGCAUGUCUUCUACUCAACCAUAGACUGGAACAAACUGUUUCGCAAGGAACUUAAACCUCCGUUCAGACCAGCUGUGGCCAGGCCAGAUGACACAUUUUACUUUGACUCUGAGUUCACUUCCCGGACACCCAAAGACUCCCCUGGGGUUCCUCCGAGUGCCGGGGCUCACCAGCUGUUCCGCGGGUUCAGCUUCGUAGCCUCAGGAAUGCUGGAAGACGAGGACAAAGAAGUUCAAGAAGUGAAACCCCUGCAUCCUGUGGUCCAGCAACUUCAUGGUAAGAACCUCCAUUUCAGUGACGGCUAUAACGUGAAGGAGGAUAUUGGAGUAGGAUCCUACUCUGUCUGCAAACGUUGCGUGCAUAAGACAACUAACACAGAAUACGCUGUCAAAAUAAUUGACAAGAGUAAGAGGGACCCCUGUGAGGAGGUUGAAAUCCUCCUGAGAUAUGGGCAGCACCCCAAUAUCCUCACUCUGAAAGAUGUGUACGAUGAUGGGAAGCAGGUGUACCUGGUGACAGAGCUCAUGAGAGGGGGGGAGUUGCUGGAUAAACUCCUGAAGCAGAAAUACUUCUCCGAGCGCGAGGCCAGCGCUGUCCUCUACACCAUCACGAAGACUGUGGAGUAUCUCCACAGCCAAGGGGUGGUGCACAGGGACCUGAAGCCCAGCAACAUUCUCUAUGUGGACGAGUCUGGGAACCCCGAGUCCAUAAGAAUCUGUGACUUCGGCUUCGCCAAGCAGCUUCGAGCCGACAACGGGCUGCUCAUGACACCCUGCUACACAGCCAACUUUGUGGCGCCUGAGGUUCUAAAGCGCCAAGGUUACGACGAGGGCUGUGAUGUGUGGAGUUUGGGGAUAUUGCUGUACACAAUGCUAGCAGGAUACACCCCGUUUGCCAACGGCCCCGACGACACUCCAGACGAGAUCUUAUCCAGGAUUGGAAGUGGCCACUUCAACAUCAAGGGAGGGAACUGGGACACGGUGUCUGAAGCUGCAAGGGACCUGGUGUCGAAGAUGCUCCACAUAGACCCUCACCGUCGCCUGACAGCCAAACAGGUCCUUAAACACCCAUGGAUCAUCCACCGGGACAAACUGCCUCAGAGCCAGCUUCAGCACCAGGACGCCCAACUUGUCAAGGGUGCCAUGGCUGCAACGUACUCUGCACUGAAGAGCUCCAAGCCCACCCCUCAGCUCCAGCCCAUUGAGGCCUCCAUUUUGGCACAGAGAAGAGUAAAGAAACUUCCCUCCACCUCCCUGUAAGGGCUUGAGCCAGGCCACUGUGGCAGCGGCUCACUCCCCAACGGCCUUCCCGACCACAUACACGUUACAGACUCUCGGCUUCAUUGACAGCAGAGUAGAAAUUAUUCAUGAGUUACAGUCAGUGUGGUGGUUCUGGUUUUUUUCAGAUUUAUAAUUUGUCAACAGCAUGCCUCCAUUUAAGUUUGUGUGGUGGUUUGUUGAUGCAAUGAACACCUGCUUAAAGUACAGUUUCGUUUUUUCAUUUUUGUACUUUUGUUUUUUCAAACAAUGAACAUUUCGUGUUUUUUUGCCUUUUUUUUUUAAUUAGACAGCUUUAAGCACUUGUAGUGUCCCAAUUUGUUUUGAAACGGCACAAUGACAUUUUUUUUAGUGAUUUUGAAUAAAAGAAAAUCCGUAGAAGUCAAUUUACUGUUCAAGGUUUUUUUAAGGGUUAGGUUGGCACAAGAAGUCGUGGUCACUGGGAUUUUUACGUGGACCGCAAAAGGCGUGGCAAUGCAUCAGACCAAUGUAAAUCUAUAUCUGUCUUUCUAUCUGCUAGGUUGAUUUUGUUUCAGGACAUUGAGAUCAAGUCUUGUGGGAGCAACAUUUCUCAUCGACAUUCAUUUCAAACAGAAAUCCGUUCAAGUUUGGUUUCUUUGCUUGGCAAGCUACUGUGUCUGUUUAGCAACCUUACAACUCAUAACAUUUUACUUUUGUUAUAUAAAACAUUUGUAGCUAUAUUUUUUUGUACAGUAAUCCUGGGGUCAGAUUGUUUCAAAUGCAUGUCUCUUAUGAUCACUGGGUUUGCUUUUUUUUGAAUAUUGGUCAUUUGGUUUACCAGAUUGCAGGAAUGAUUAAGAAAUAAUUGUAUGAAUUUUAAAGCUUUUCAUUGUACUGUAUAGCGAUUUGUCAAAAGUGAUCUGUACUGUCAUUUCAAAUCAAAUUCUGGGGUAAAACUACUGGAGCAUUUUGCAGCACUGGGGAAUCCCCUUGAAUUUCCUCAACGAUUUAUUGGUGAAGUAACCAUGGAUAGGUGGCUCAUCCCAGCAGGUAUAGGCUGGUCAAAUCAACCCUCGAGUAGACAAGCUUCCCAUGUAUACAUCAGUGAACUACAGUCAGGGCAUUCACCAAAGCAAGAGGCAUUAGCCCAAAAGUGUGUCCUCUUAGCAUUCGUGUUGAAGUCCCAAUUUUAAAAAGGAAUUGGAAUUGAAAAACAGGAAUGGACCCCAUUGCUUAGUGUCUUUUAGUUUGACCUCAGACAUUUAUGUCGGUGUAACAAGGGAUUAUUAUCUUGCCUUUGUUUGCCAGUCGCUGUAUUUGAUCAUGUGUCUGCAAUGCAUGUUUUGUUGUAAGAAAAACGUGACGGGUGACUUAAACUCCAGCUCCGUUGUUGAAUGCAGGAGAAACCAGUCUACGGUGGAACAACACUUGUAAGAAAUCAUUUCACUGCGUUUUCUGACUGAACGUGGAUUACCAGAUUCUGUUCCAGGGACCCUUACGGUAUGCUCUGUACCAAUCAUUCACAAUUGAAUGACCCCCUUUGUGCCUUUUAUAUUCAGGGGUGGGCAACGCAAACCAUUUCAAUAAAGUUAUCCUCAGCCGUACCCUUACUUGUUUAAAAGAAUCAAUACAAACCUCUAUCCAGAACUGUACGUAUUAAACCUGGAAUGGAAUGAACCCUGUUUUACAGGAUGCCCAUAUAGAAGAGUCUUUAGCAUCGCUGUGGCAAACCCCUGAUCCUGAGCAGUGAGCAAGAAUAGGCAGCAUUACACUGUCUGAAUUGCAUUGCAGCGUUUUGUAAAGCAUUUUUAUUAAGAGACUGUCACAUUUCUUAACGCCUGUAAUUUUUUUUAAAAAUGGAGCAAUAAUGAGACCGCUAGGUUGCAGUUGUUAUUGCACAAUGUACUGGGGCAUCAGUAUCCUUCGCAGCCAGCAUUCCUGCUGGGUAGAGUGCUCAAAUGUGUCCUGGGCCAAAAGCGAUGACACUUAACUGAAGCCAGCGGUCAGGAAAGAGUAAAAAGAAUCCAGCUGUGUCGGUUGGUAAAGAUUCAUAAGCUCUAAAGGAAUGCACCGUCAAACUGAGCUGACCGAGGCAAGGCGUGUAAUAUAUGUGACAGGGGUCUUAUUACAAACUGCUUGGGUUUUACAGAUGUAACCGAUAUAGAAGGAGGGGGCGCAAGCCUCCUCUCAGGUUUGCUCAGUAGCUGUUCCAAGGCUCCUGAGCGGAGUGCAAAGCUGCACAGCUUUGGAGCGGCACCUGACGAUGAUUUGGAGCUCCCUGAUUGGUUACCAGCCCUCGGCUGACCGGAGUUCCCGUUUUGAAUCGUGCCUGUACGCAGUACCACUGUGCCUCAAGUAGUGAGGCUGUGAUGAUCCUAACAGCAAUGCUUGCAGGUGACUGUUUAUCCACAACUUUCAAAAUCAAUACACUCUGCAAAACCAAAAAGAAUAAAAUGAUAUGCAAGUUUCAGCAUGUCUGUCAAUGUCACUCUGUCAUAGGGUUCACACUGUACUGUUCCAUUACCCACAUGCUGAUUUCUGCCAGUGGUAUUAUUUGUUACAUCUGAAGGGACCAGUGUACUGUCCAUUACCAGGUACCAAUCUAUGAGUUUGUGAAAUUCAGAAGAUUUAAAUAAAGAAAGUUCUACCACUUUUUUUUACUCGUCCUACAAUUCAUUCAACUUUUUUUUUGUCCUUGAAAAUGCAGUGGAAAAGAAAUGGUUUUAAAAUAUCUUGAUUUGUCCAGUUUUCUAUAUUUGGAUGGAGUGUGCUUGUGAAGAUGCUCACCUGUGUAAAUGUCCUGAUGUGUACAUCUUGUUCUUUUAUGGUUUCCUAAGGAACCUGUAAGAGUCCUCUCUAGGUACCAGUACCUGGAUCUCAGGACGGUACUUACUUAAUGUCUUGAUGGGGACUCAGGGCUGAAUCAACUUGAGAUGCCUUUCUAUUAAAACUUUUCUCCAUUGUA